ACAUCGUUGGCUGUGCAGCCAAAAUGCCAAACUGCUAAUUUCAAUGGAGGCACGAUCGCCGCCUCCCGAAAGCGUCUCCUGCCACCUCAAGCAGCUCCACGCCCACCUCCUCCGCCGCGGCCACCCCUUCCCGUCGGCUGAGGACCCCGAACCCGACCGGGCAUACCUCUCCGUUAUCCGCGCCGCUGCUGCCGCGGCUCCAGCCCUCGCGCUCGCCGCCUCCGCCUGUCUCCACCGCGCCGGCCUGCCCGCGCCGGGAUCCCGCGCGCUCCCUGCCCUUCUCCGCGCCGCCGCCCGCGCCCGCUGGACCGACACCGUGCGGGGCACGCAUGGCAUCGCCGUACGGGUCGGGGCAGAUGAGGAUGGAUUCGUCGGGACGGCACUAGUCGGUGCGUACGCAGCGUGUCAGCGCGUGGCCGAGGCGCGCAGAGUGUUCGACGGAAUGCCCGAGAGGGAUCUCGUCGCUUGGGGCGUAAUGCUUGACAGUUAUUUCAAUACUCAGAACUACAGAGAAACCUUGCUUCUACUCAAUAAGAUGAAGAGAUCAAGAGUUGUGCCUGACCAAGUGAUCCUUGCUACUGUUCUGUCAACUUGUGGCCAUACAAGACAUUUAAGGUCUGGAAAAACAAUCCACUCAUACAUACAGGUCUCAGACAUUUUUGUCGAUGCUCGCCUCAGUAGUGCUCUCAUAAACAUGUAUGCUAGUUGUAUGGACAUGGAGAUGGCCGACAAGAUAUACAGUGGGAUGCAAAGAAAGGAUUUGGUAUCAUCAACUGCCAUGGUCUGUGGAUAUGCCAAGAAUGGGAAAAUUGAGAUUGCUCGCUCCAUAUUUAAUCAUAUGGCAGAGAAGGAUGUGGUGUCUUGGAGUGCUAUGAUAUCAGCAUAUGCAGAAAAUAACCAGCCAAGUGAAGUAUUGAAUUUGUUCAACAAAAUGCAAGGGUGUGGUGUCAGUCCUGAUGAGAUUACCAUGUUGAGCGUCAUAUCUGCAUGUGCUAAUAUCGGUUCCCUUGACAAAGCCAGAUGGAUUCACUCGAUUGUUGGGAAUCAUGGGUUUUAUAAGAUACUUUCCAUUUGCAAUGCUCUUAUUGAUAUGUUCUCAAAAUGUGGGAGUUUAACUCUUGCCUUGAACAUGUUCAAUGCAAUGCCUCGAAAAAAUGUUAUCACUUGGACAAGUAUGAUUGCUGCAUUUGCUAUGCAUGGUGAUGGACCAUCCGCCUUAACCCUAUUUGGGCAGAUGAAAGGUGAAGGGGUUGAACCCAAUGGAGUGACGUUUCUUGUUCUGUUAUAUGCUUGUUGUCAUGCUGGUUUAGUUUAUGAAGGCCGUUCCUUAUUUGAGUGUAUGCUUCAGGAAUACAGGAUUGAACCCAAGCACGAGCAUUAUGGUUGUAUGGUGGAUCUUAUGGGAAGGGCUAAGCUUAUGCAGGAAGCAGUUGACCUCAUAGAGUCAAUGCACAUAAGACCUAAUGUGGCUAUUUGGGGAUCUCUGUUAGCAGCCUGCUGGAUGCAUGGUGAUAUUGAGCUCGGUGAGUUUGCUGCAAAGAAAAUUUUGGAGUUGGAUCCCAAUCAUGAUGGAGCAUACGUGCUCUUAUCAAACAUACAUGCAAAAUCUGGUAACUGGAACAAUGCUCAAAAGUUGAGGGUGAUGAUGAAAGUCCAUGGGGUUUCGAAAGAAACAGGUUACACAGUUGGUUGGAGCUGAAUUGCACUGUCCACGGAUUUCAGCUGGAGGUAAGAAACAUCAAGAAAAUGGUAGUACCCUUCUGUAGCUUGGUGAUAUUGUUGCAAAUUGAAGACUCAUGACUGUGCUAUUCUGGUGCUAAGUGAGAAGCUCCCCUCUUUAUUUUAGCGUGAUCAUUACUGAAAGGGGUUCUUCAUAAUGCACAUAUAUUUUCGAAGACUUGCAGGAAUUGGUUAUUCAACCAAUCUGAACUGGCAACAAGCUAAUUUUCAUUGGUCAUAAAAGGCUGGCAAUCAUCCCUUUUUGGUUAAGGGAAGACAAAGGUAUUUCGCAGGGGAGCAGUAGGUCGUCAACAUCCCACGCUCCCACCAUGAUAAUGUAUUCUACCAGCACUUAUUCUGGAAUUCAUGAACUGUGGAUGACCGGGCGUCGUAUACGGGCUGAACGAAGAGUGAUAUAUAUACAGAUCCCAGGAGAAAACAGAACGAAGUUGCACAGGUCUCUUACACAAAAUAAAGCUAAGGGAGCCAAACUUCAGGGGAAGGGUCCGCUCAAUCUUCAAGACAGACGUCGAAGCUUAUUCAUAGCCCAUAGAGAAUGUGUUGAAGUCCGUUAAGCUCGAGCUUAUCGUUGUUUGUCUAGCCCCGCUUAGACUUGAGAGAUCACAGUGUUCCUUCGUGUUUCGGCAUAGAUAAAUCUUAUGGAUUUUGCUAUAGAUAGUGUACGAUGUACCUUAAACAGAGUUACUGUGAUGUUGAAUAUUGUAUAGAUGCAUGCAAAGACCGAGAUGGGUAGAAUAUUACUGAAGAAUACCAAAAAAAAAAAUACUUGACCAAGA